GCCAGGUGAUCACUAAGAAUUGUUGGACGCUGCUGAAUUAAUUGGCAACAGCAAAGAGACAGUUCCGUAUUUUCCUGAUGGAUCAACAAACAAAUCGACGUCGUCGAUUCGUCGAGAUUCCCGAAUUGGACAUGCGUGAGCAUUCGCAUAGAAGUAUUUCUAAAGUGCGCUAAAAACACAAAAACUUGAAAAAAGAAGGUGUUACCGCGCUAGUUUGUUUGUAAUUUUGAAAAUUGGCAACGCUUUAACCUCAGGCGGCCUCGUACAAAAUGCUAUCAAAGGAUAGAUAGCACCAUCAUGAAAACAAAAGCAAAAGAGGGGUCAGAUACGUGGCGUAUACAGACAUUCAGAAUUGUUGUGGUACUGAAAUUUUACAGUUGAUGCUGGGAUGGAUUUUAUCACUCUUUUGUUAAAGAGACAUAUGGACUUGAUUGCACAAGACAUUUUUUCUCAUCUUGAUCUCAUCAGUUUAAUGAACUGCGAGUUGGUGUGUCAAAAUUGGAAUUCAGCUAUAAAGAAAGGCAAGCUGUGGAAAAGACUUUAUUGUCAAGAGUGUCACAAGUCUUCACUUCUUCCUACACUUUUUCAGCGCAGAGAAGCAAUCAAUCAGUGGCAAUGGGAAGCUGACCGUUUGGUGAAAUCAGAAGAAACCUUAGUGAAGAAUUUGUUCAAGACUCGGCAAAUUCUCAAGGAGAAUUGGGCUGUUGGAAACUUCCAGACCACCACAACUACCCUCACAGGACUGAAUGUAUCCCACCUUAAAAUGGAUGCAAACCGCAUUGUUUUUGGUGUUACUAAAGAAUUUAGUCGACCUUUCGUCAAUAUCUGGAAUCGCUGGACAUUGGAAUGUGAAGCAGUCAUUAUUUCUCCUGAUUCCUUUAUUAUGACAAGUAUUUCCGAUUUGUUACUCUGGAAAAAUCUGGUAUUUUGUUCAUACGAGGAUGGGAACAUUAUUGUCUGGGAUGUGAAAGCUGGACGUGAAUGCCAGUCUUUUAACGGCGAGGAAGUGCCUUCUAGAGAAAGAGUGGUUUCUCUUAAAAUUCAAAUGGCAAACGGAAUUUUAAUCAGCUGUUUCAGAACCGAGCCGGUCUAUCCUGAUCGUGAAAUCGGCCACGAUUGGGACAGCACAGUAUUUAGCCUUCGACGCAUUUCCGACGAUGGUCAAUUCUUCAGUAAUUUCGUUGAAAGGAUAGAACAUAUUCCGUAUACUACUGUCUGCCAGAUUGAAUCGGAUAGCAACUUUUUCGCAAUUUUUAUGAAGUCAUUCGAGUUUUCAAAAAUUCAACUGCGUUCAGCUGAUCGCCAUUUCCAGUUCCUUCAUGAACUCGAUUUCACCAACCAAAAUUUAGUUCACUUUUCUUGCCACAGUGGCCGCUUGGCGACCGUAUCAACUGAAGAAGAUGUACAGAAAAUCAAACUGUGGGAUCCCAAGACUUUGAAAUGCAAGAAAACCUGGCCAGCGUUGGUUGGUACCGUUCAAGUUUUACUCAGUUCCAAUCAUCUCGUCACGUGUUCUCACGACGAUGAGAAAAACUCUCUGACUGUUUGGGAAAUUCCCGCUGAAACAAGUGAAGAAUUUCCUAGCGAAUUGUUUCAAUUACAAAGUGAGGGAGAUUCUACCGCGUUUGCAUUCGAUGAGCUUCAAAUUCUUGUAGUUUCAAACUGGAAUGAAUUGAUGAGAAUACCUAUUCCCGUUAUUAAUGGGUUACCUGAUUUACUCAACAGGCACCUCGAGUACAACCUGUUGACUGCCAUUCUAAAAAUUACACAUUUCUUUGAUCCCAAAAAAACAGAACCGCUAUAACAAAGUAUCGUUUUUCACUUUACACAGCAGACAGUAAUUGAAAUAAAACAUUACUUCAAUUAA